AUGCGAGAUGUCGUGUUCCUCAUUCAAGAUGUCGUGUUCCUCAUCCAAGAUGUCGUGUUCCUCAUGCGAGAUGUCGUGUUCCUCAUGGGAGAUGUCGUGUUCCUCAUGCGAGAUGCCGUUUUCUUGAUUGUAUAG